GUUAGAUAAGUUACUUCAGGAUGAAAAUGAGACAGGUGCAUCUACUCCUUAUACAGCUGCCAUUCCUGAAUACCGGGUUGUAUUUGUCAAGCUUGAAGAAGUUCCAUAUCUGGACAAAAGUUUGAGUUUUGCAAAUGGCCAUGCUAUUCAUGACAUACAACAUCCAUGCAGCCUCUUGGUUCAUCUUCAAGUCAGAUGUAUAUGAAUGCUUACUCUGUGAUGCCAAAAUUUGACUGUCUUGUUUUAUGGAAGGUGGCUGGAAAACUAAUCAUGCCAAAACCAAAGGGCUUAACAUCUGAGAUUAAAAAAGCUCCGUCAUCUGGACUUAAGUGGUCCUUUUCUCCUGGGACUAACCUGCUAUCAGGUGGUGCUGCAAAACUUGAAAAAGAGUCUAGGCAAAAACUAAAUGAGUUUUCCAAGGAACUUAGAACAUUCAGAAGUGUUGACUUGUCAGGUCGUAACUUUGGUGAUGAUGGUCUGUUUUUUCUUGCUGAAAGCCUUGGUUACAACAGACUCUUAAAGGCAGUAGAGGAAGUUGAUUUUUCUGGCAAUGGGAUUACAGCAGUUGGCCUAAAGGCACUUGAUGGUGUUCUUCAGACGAAUACCAUGCAUAAAACUACAGUUUCUUUCAACUUUGGGCUUCUUCCUCCACCGGCAGCCAGUGACAAAGCCCUCACAGAACCUUACUUGUCAAUAUGCCCGAGUGCUAGCCGCCGCAAAGAUCAUGGUACCAACAAAUUUAAACAAUGUCCUACAGUUUAA